GCGCAGUUCAAUAAUCAACACAUGCAGCAUAGUUCAACUUUGAGCUGAGGUUUUUAAUUUUGGUUAUGGUGAAGUAAAAAGCAUGGAUACGGAGCUAUAUGAUGAGUUUGGGACCUACAUCGGUCCCGAACUGGACAGCGAUGAUAGCGAAGAAGAGAUUGAUACUGGCGGCCAGGAUGCUGUCGCUGGCGAGGGAGAGGAAGCUAUGGAUGAUGAUGAGGAGGGCAAUGAGCCUUCCCACAUGCAAAUUGUCCUGCACGAGGAUAAAAAAUACUACCAAACCGCAGAAGAAGUGUAUGGCUCUGAGGUGGAAGCUAUUGUGCACGAGGAAGAUGCCCAGCCUCUAUCAGAGCCCAUCAUUGCACCAGUAAUCAAGAAGAAGUUUUCGCUGUUGGAGCAAGAACUACCAGCCACAACCUAUGAGAUUGAAUACUUAGCUGACAUGAUGGACAAUCCCGACCUCAUUCGUAAUGUAGCACUAGUGGGCCAUCUUCAUCAUGGAAAGACAUCGUUUGCAGACAUGUUGAUUGAAAAUACUCACCCAGAAAUGGGAGCGAUCGAGGGUCGUGAUCUGCGGUACACUGACUUACUGUUUACUGAGCAGGAGCGUGGCCUGAGCAUCAAGAGUACUCCGGUGUCAUUGCUGUUGCAGGAUUCACAGGACAAAUCGUAUCUGGUCAACUUGUUCGACACGCCCGGCCAUGUCAAUUUCUCGGAUGAGGUCACGGCAGGAAUGCGUCUUUGUGAUGGUGUUGUGCUAUUUGUUGAUGCACACGAAGGCCUCAUGCUGAACUCACAGGAGUUGAUCCGCCAUGCAGUUCAGGAACAGCUACCGAUUACUCUCUGCAUCAAUAAGAUCGAUCGGUUAGUGCUGGAACUGAAACUGCCGCCAACAGACGCCUACUUCAAGUUGAGGCAGAUCGUUGAUGAAACGAAUUCCUUGAUCCAAACGUUUGGUGGUGGCGAGGCAUCAGUAUUGUCACCUCUACUCGGUAAUGUGCUGUUUGCAAGCUCGAAGUUUCGCUUCUGCUUCACGCUUCACUCGUUUGCCAAAAUCUACUCCGACUCGCAUGGUAAUGCUUUCAACGCGAAGGAACUUGCUAGUCGCCUUUGGGGAGAUAUCUACUUCAACCCAUCAAAGCGCACUUUCAGCAAGAAACAGCUGUCUGCUUCAUCGCUGCGUAGCUUUGUGGAGUUCAUCUUGGAACCGUUGUAUAAGAUUCUCGCUCAGGUGGUGGGCGACGUUGAUUCUACUCUGCCACGCGUCUUGGACGAAUUAGGAAUCCGUCUAAGUAAGCAGGAGAUGAGGAUGAACAUCCGCCCCCUGCUGCGACGCGUCUGCAUGGAGUUCUUCGGCGAUGCGAACGCCUUUGUUGACAUGAUUGUCAGCCAUGUGCCAUCGCCAGUUGGCAAUGCCGAGUCCAAAGUGACCAAUGUCUACACUGGUCCGGCUGACAGUGAGUUUGCUAAGGACAUGUCUGGCUGUGAUCAAGAUGGUAUGCUGAUGCUGCACACGACCAAGAUGUAUCCUUCAAACGACGCUACCACUUUCCAUGCGUUUGGCCGUGUCUUCAGUGGCACGGUAACCGCCGGACAGCGUGUGCGGGUUCUCGGUGAGAACUACUCACUAGAUGAUGUGGAGGACUCCAAGGUGGCACAGAUUGGCCGCUUGUGGAUUCAUGAAGCUCGCUACAACAUUGAGGUAAACCGUGUACCGGCUGGCAACUGGGUGUUAAUUGAGGGCCUGGAUGCACCAAUUGUGAAAACAGCUACCAUCACCAGCAUCACAGAUAGCGACGAAGCUGAGAUCUUCAGACCGCUCCGGUUCAACACGCUAUCCACGGUCAAGAUUGCAGUGGAGCCUGUUAACCCGUCCGAGCUGCCCAAGAUGUUGAAUGGCUUGCGUAUGAUCAACAAGAGCUACCCGCUGGUAACAACGAAGGUUGAAGAGUCUGGCGAACACAUCGUCCUGGGUACAGGAGAACUGUACAUGGAUUGUGUCAUGCAUGACCUCCGCAAGAUGUACUCCGAGAUUGAAAUCAAGGUUUCUGAUCCGGUGGUGACAUUCAGUGAGACCGUAGUGGAAGUAUCGUCCAUCAAGUGCUUUGCAGAGACGCCGAACAAGAAGAACAAAGUGACGAUGAUUGCUGAGCCACUGGAAAAAGGUGUUGCGGAAGACAUUGAGAAUCAGGUUGUGUCCAUAAACUGGAACAGGAAAAAGUUGGGUGAAUUCUUCCAGUCAAAGUACGAUUGGGAUCUACUAGCAGCCAGAAGUAUCUGGGCGUUUGGUCCGGAGGCGUGUGGUCCCAACGUCUUGGUUGACGACACGCUACCAUCUGAAGUUGACAAGAGCUUACUGAACUCGGUCAAGGACUCCAUCGUGCAGGGCUUCCAAUGGGCGACAAGAGAAGGUCCACUUGCCGAUGAGCCUAUUCGCAAUGUGAAGUUCAAGAUUCUUGAUGCGCACAUCGCUGAUGAUCCUAUCCAGCGUGGCGGUGGUCAGGUCAUUCCCACUGCUCGCCGUGUUGCCUACUCAGCUUUCUUGAUGGCAGCGCCACGCCUUAUGGAGCCACACAACUUCGUUGAAGUGAUUGCACCAGCCGACUGUGUGUCAGCCGUCUACACUGUACUAGCCAAGCGACGUGGCCAUGUCACACAAGAUGCGCCCGUUGCUGGCUCACCGCUCUACGUCAUCAAGGCGUUCAUGCCCACCAUCGACUCAUUCGGCUUCGAAACUGACCUCCGCAUCCACACACAGGGCCAGGCUUUCUGCGUCUCCAUCUUCCAUCAUUGGCAGAUUGUUCCUGGUGACCCGUUGGAUAAGUCGCUGGUCAUUCAGCCGCUGGAGCCUCAACCAGCACCAAAGCUUGCACGUGACUUCAUGAUCAAGACAAGACGGAGGAAGGGUCUCAGCGAGGAUGUCAGCAUCAGCAAGUUCUUUGACGAUCCUAUGUUGCUUGAGUUGGCACGACAGGAUGUCACACUAUCAUUUGCUCUCUGAGCAUUCUAUCCUGUGUCCCCUCAUAUUUUACACGAAUGCCUGUGUGUAACGGCUCUCUUUCGUUCCUCUGCUCUGCUCUGCUUCUCAGAUGAGACCUGCUUUCAAAGCGUUUUCUUAAGUUUCAACUGCAAACCUUGUGCAUAAAUCAGUCCUAACUAUCUUUACCUCUUCUUGUAUUCUGCUCUUGUACAUUAGUUUUUUUCUGUUUGAUCGAGGAACGUGCUGGUAACGUUAAUUCUUGAAAACAAA